UCCGUUAGCUAACGGAAAUACGAAGUUCAUAUGUAUGUACGUGACAUGCAUAUGGCGGAGUAAAAUGGUUCGCAAAAAGAUAGACAAUCGAUUAGAGUUUAAGCAAUAGCAAAUGGUGGCGCCAUCUUGGGACACAGAACAAUGUCGUUGGCGGCGAAAAAGCGAGAGAUCAAUUAUUGCAAUUAAAAACAUUCUGCCUUGACAAAAAUAUGUCCGUUCUUCCCGGGGAGACUGGUCGAAGAAACGUCUAAUGGACGACUAUUGGACGUCCAUUAGAGAUUUUGCAUGGAAGCUCAUAAAGACAUAAUAUGCCGAUUUAACGAGAGAUUCUUGUUAUCUCUGACUAACUGUACUCAAUGUUUGAUUGUCGAUGAUCAACUGAAUAUAUUAUUUAUAUCUUCUCACACUCUAAGAAUAGAACCUAUACAUAAAUCAGAUGUUCUAGAAGAAUAAUCGACUGUAGAUGUUUUAAAGGAGAGUCUGUAAGAUACUUAACCUCUAUCUGCAUUAAUUAAUUGUUGCAAGACAGUCGACCAGACAAAGGCCUCAAAUUAAAGGUUCUCAAAUUUAUUAAGUGUAUUUCCGAAAAAACUUUGAGAUUCAGUGUGUCACUGACCGCAGAUAGAGGAUAUGAUAAAUCGGCUGCAGUGAGACUUGCCAUUAGCGGAGCUGUUACUUUCAGAUACUCCAAUAUAUACAUCUCAAAUCUUAGUUCGGAGAACUUGACACUCUCUUUGAAUUUGUCUUCAAAGGGAUCCUUGUUCUUCUACCACAAAGCUUCUGAAUUGUUCUUACAGAGGCUGGUUUCUUUGUAUGUUGCAUCACAUUAUAAAAAUAUUUCUAACAAUUUGCAAAUGAUGUCUAAUGCUCCUGCGCAGCAUCUAUUCUGUCUAUUGGAGUCCGUAGAUUCCAGUAAGAAGACUUCACCUGAAAUAUCAACUACCGUUCUCCACCACGACGUUUUGCUUCACAAAUCAUCCGACCGUUUAUAUUCUCCGAGGGAAGACAUUAAGUGCCGCACAACAUCGCGGGGAGGGUUAAUUCCAAAAAAGAACAAGAUCAUUAAGAGGUGGAAAGCAUUGUGACCGACACAACGGGAUCGCAGCGAUCAGGGUGGACAGAUGGCCGCCGGUCCCGGCAAGGACCAAUGACAGGAUGGUCCUGGACACUGGCAGCAUUUCGUGGUUCAUUUGCGGUACCCAUGGGUGCCAUCUAUUAUCGAGGGUCGAGCCGACGCGGCCGAAGUCGAUUUUCCCGUCCCGAAAGAGAACGGAAAAGGGGAGCGGCGGGGGACGGAGGACGAGCUGCGCGCGACACCUCAGAGACUGGUUCGUGAUUUACAACGCUGAUUCUGCGUGGAAGAGCGAAAGGACGAAGGAACGCAACGCAGAUAAUUUCUCUCCGGCGUUAUUUUCUGGCGUGAACAACGACAGAUGUGGUCUGAGGAAAACUAAGAAGAACAUUGAACGGACCGGCUGUACGAAAUGAUGGAUACAUUCAUACGGAGAUCAAUUUAACGUUGUUUCAAAAUGUACAACGAGUGGCAAAAGGGUGAAUUAGUGUGGUUCGACCCCGGCGUCGGCCAUGUGCUGCCAGGUGAAGUCCUGGAAUACCACAGAGCAGCCAAUGUACUUUCGGUGCAAGCAGUGAUUGCCGGCAAGCCGCAAAUCUUUACUCUCACCAAUUUAAGCGGCGUGAAGCCCAGGCAGGACUUAGGACAAAAUGGUGUGGAGGAUAUGAUUCAGUUGACGGAUCUGAACGAGGCGUCAUUAUUAUGGAACUUGAAGAUCCGUUACGACAAAGAAUUAAUUUACACGUACACGGGAAGUAUCCUUGUGGCGGUAAAUCCGUACAAAAUGUUCGACAUCUAUGGACUGGAUCAGGUGAAGCUUUACGAAGGACGAAUCCUUGGAACACUUCCGCCGCAUUUAUUCGCUGUGGGUUCUUCCGCGUACAGUCAAGUGACUGCGGCCAAUAACGCCAGUGCUAAUCAGGUGGUCGUCAUUUCCGGCGAAUCCGGCUCGGGGAAAACGGAGUCUACAAAAUUAGUGAUGCAAUAUCUCGCAGCCGUGAAUCGCGCACCGAACAACCUCGUCACCGAGCAAAUUCUGGAGGCAACGCCACUUCUGGAGAGCUUCGGAAAUGCCAAAACGCCGCGAAAUGACAAUAGCAGCCGCUUCGGAAAGUAUUUGGAGGUCCAUUUCAGAGACGGUGCAAUCAUAGGCGGUAGAAUAACGCAAUAUCUUCUAGAAAAGAGUAGAAUAGUAACUCAGGCUUCGGAGGAGAGGAACUAUCACGUGUUCUACGAACUUCUAGCUGGACUCGACCAGCAACUCAGGGAUAAAUACGGUCUUCUAACACCGGACAAGUAUUUUUAUUUAAAUCAGGGUGGAAACUGUGAGAUCGAUGGCAAGAGCGAUGUUCAGGAUUUCAAAGCGCUGCUGUCAGCCAUGCAAGUUUUGGGCUUUUCGUCUGAGGAGCAGGAUACGAUUUUCAAGAUUCUAGCCAGUGUAUUGCAGCUGGGAAAUGUUUACUUUCACCGGAAGCAAAUGAGACACGGCCAGGAAGGAGUGGAAGUCGGUUCUGACGCAGAAAUACGCUGGGCAGCGCACCUUCUUCAAGUAAAUUCCGAAGGCAUCAUCCGAGCACUCACCACGAAGACAACAGAAGCAAGAAACGAGAGAGUCUUCACGGCCUUAAAUAUCGACCAAGCUCUCGACGCCAGAGACGCAUUUGCGAAAGCUCUGUACAGUUCGCUCUUUUCAUGGCUAGUCGCGCGCGUCAAUCAUAUUGUUUACAAGGGUACUAAACAAACUGCUGCCAUUUCGAUCCUCGAUAUUUUUGGCUUCGAGAAUUUCACGGAAAAUAGUUUCGAGCAAUUAUGUAUCAACUAUGCGAACGAGAAUUUGCAAUUUUAUUUUAACAAACACAUCUUCAAGCUAGAACAGCAAGAGUACGCGAAGGAGAAAAUUGAUUGGACCACAAUCAACUAUACGGACAAUUUACCAGUAAUUCAUUUGAUUGCGAAAAAACCGGUGGGCAUUCUUCACCUGCUGGACGACGAAAGCAACUUCCCUAAAGCGACGGAUCUUUCCUUUUUGGAAAAAUGUCAUUACAAUCAUGCGUUGAGCGAGCUGUAUUCAAGACCGAGAAUGAACUCCGCCGAGUUCGCGAUCAGACAUUACGCUGGCCAAGUUUGGUACAAUGUGGACGGUUUCCUGGAUAAGAACAGAGACACUUUGAGGCCGGAUGUGGUCGAAUUAUUGAUUAGUAGCAAAAUUUCGAUGGUCAGCAAGAUGUUCCAGCACGUCAGAACCACCCACGAAGCUAAUAAAACCAUGAAUAAGCCGAAUGGCAGAUUUGUCACUAUGAAGCCGAGAACUCCGACAGUUUCGGCUCGAUUUCACGACAGUCUCCAGCAGCUUUUAGAGUCCAUGUCUCAAUGCAAUCCGUGGUUUGUCCGGUGCAUCAAGCCAAAUACUGAGAAAGCACCGAUGAAAUUCGAUAUGCCUUGCGUACUUGAGCAAUUAAGGUACACAGGAAUGUUGGAGACGAUCCGCAUCAGAAAAACUGGCUAUCCGGUCCGUCUUUUGUUCGGACACUUUGUGGAUCGAUAUCGGUAUCUUGUAUCGACGCAUCUACCAAGAGGAGCGCCCAACAAGGAGCUCUGCAGGAUAAUUUUAGACAAAGCCGCACCAAAAGAGGCGCAGUCACAAUAUCAGCUCGGACUGACGAGAGUAUUCCUGCGCGAAUCGUUGGAAAGGGCUUUGGAAUAUAACAGAGCUUUGAUUUUGGAGAGAGCGGCCAUUACAGUUCAGAGAUACACGAGAGGCUUUUUAGCGCGCAGAAGAUUCCUCAACAUUUCCCGAAGCACAGUAUUGAUACAAGCGGUGUACCGCGGUUAUCGAGAACGCAAGCAAUUCCGCGCUAUGAAGAAGGGUGUUAUGAUGGCGCAGAAGCUCUACAGAGGCAGAAAACAACGAGAGAGAUUUGAAGUGUUGAAAGAAGAGAUGGCGAAGAGAGCGGAGAUCGAAAGAGCCAGUAAGGAGCGAGCGAAGGCGAAGCAGCAACGGGAUGAGCAGGAAAGGACUUCGCGAGCUGUUGCCGGUGUAAAUCAUUUGGAGAUUCCCGCGGAAUUAGCUUUCAUUUACAGCAAACUUGAUGGCUGGCAGCCUACGCACACCGAGCGAAAUCUGCUCAAAGUCGUCGGCCAAGUCGUCCCAAUGAACUUUACCUACAAUUUGUCGCACGACAUCGAUCAGUAUCAAUUUUCGAAGUUCACUAAUAUUUAUUUCAAGAGUCACAUCUUUGGAAUGAAGCGCGAGCCGAUCAAAACGCCGUUCCUAGCAAAGGCUCGCGAUCAAGAUUACACGGAUUCUCUAAUGAUCUUUAAAAUGAUAUUGCGCUUCAUGAACGAGAGCAAUCUUAAUGGAAAACGCGAGCAAGCGUUGGGAGACUACAUCGUUAAUAAGGGUAUUGUGAACGAAAAGCUGAGAGACGAGAUACUGUGCCAAUUAGCGAAUCAAACCUGGAAGAACGAGAAUGACGCCAACAAGGAGAGAGGGUGGCUGCUGCUGUCCAAUUGUUUGUCAGCGUUCCAACCCAGCGGUACCCUCUUCAAGUAUUUUUUGAAAUACGUCUCGGAUCACGCCUAUGACGGUUACAAAGCUUACUGCCAACGCAAAUUGUUGCAAGGUGAAAGAACAAUGUACCGUAUAAUGAAUAAUAAUCACCAAACGGUGCACCAAGUGCCCAGGAAUUAUCCUCCGUGCGUCCUGGAAUGGCGGGCCAACAGGAACCGCGUAAAUAUGGCGCUCAGUGUUGGCUUUUACGAUGGUGAAACAACUACGUGCGCGAUAGAUUCCUGGACGACGUGCGAAGAGUUGGGUAAUCUCGCGAUUCGAAAUCACGGAGUAGAGAACGCCGGCUGGACUAUCACACUCUGGAACCAAUUAGACGGUCCGGACGCUAUCGUGACGGAGACCAACGGCUUCGAUUAUGUCCUGGACUUGAUUUCGGAAAUGGAAUUGGCUCCGGCUUUCCCGGCCGCCAAACACAUGUUUUUGGAACAACGAAAGAACAGUUUGCCACCCAUAAAAAAACGAGAACACGCUCAAGUCAUUCGAGAGUUGGAGCAAGAGAUGGAAAUCCCUAUCCUGAAAACCUUCCAGCCUCUCGAAAGAAAAUCAGUGCCAAAGGUAGUUGACAAGCCUGUGGAACCGGAAAUCCAGGCACCCAGACGACCUGUGGUCCCUCCUCCACAGCCACCUGUUGCAAAGCCUAUGCGAAAGCAAUCGCACGAGGCUAUUUUGGAAACUACGACGGAAAUGGGGCUGUCGAGAAACUCCGCCUUGAACGAUCGCUACUUCGAAAAAGAGAAGCAGCGUAGUCGAAGUUUGGACAAUUUAUUACAACCGGAAAUGAUUCCUUCGCCGGUGAAGCUCGCCAAUCUCGGGCUUUCCUCGUCCAAAUUGAACGAGCGGUACCACAGUUUGGAAAGAAUCGGCGAGACUCCAGCGGUGAGCAACGUUGAGUAUAUGACGCGCAGUGAGAUCGCGCAGGAGCGGAAGUAUAGCAGAGCUACGAGAACCACAGAGCCCAACAUCGAGGAGGAGGAUCUCACGAUCGACUUUGAAUACCCGGACAUCCAAUCCGUCAGUCAAACCGGACGAUCAGAGGAUGAUAAGAGCUACAUAAGAUCGCAGACCAGAUUCAUCAAAUCACAAUAUCCUGGCAAACGCGCGCUGCCGGGAAGCCAGUCCAGUCGUGCUUACAUCGAGAAGAGUGAGUACGGUGUGAAAUCGUCGGCCAUGUCUGACACCAGCGAGGCGCCUUCUUUGGCAUCGCACGUUCGGCGCGUAAGAGUGCCCAGCCAAGCUUCCGACGUCGAUCAGUUUCUGGAUGAGCUUUUCAUGCCCGUGUUAGACGGUAAUCUCGACGAACUAUCAGAUGCACGCAGCUUAGCCGCUUCGAUAAAAGGCUCGCGUGACAUCAGGCCAUUUGAAGAUGAAAAAGUACUCGAGAAUCUGCGGAGAAACGAUAGUAAAAUUAUCGCGUCGACCACCGUCGAUGAUUUCAUUAAGAAAAUGACGAUGGGAAACGAGCGUGCGGAUAUCAGCGCGGGUGAAUUGUCGAAGAGGAUCAAAGGAGGCGGCAAUAUGGACAUUCCUAAUCAGAAUGCAGCCUUCAAUUUCAGCCCGAUCGCACAGAGCAUGAUGUCGCCACCCAUGAUGAUGCCCGUGUUCAGUCCCACUCAACAAGUUUCAUCCUCUCAAAAUGCUAACAUGAACAUGGGUGCAAGUUUUAUGCCCAUUCCGAUUUAUAACAUGCAGGGACUCAGCCUACCGCAGUAUCCUAGUUCGCCGUCCAAUCAAAACAACGAUAUGGUGGUGUACCAGCAGAAUCUUCAGCGAGCUUUCCUGCAGAGCGCGAUGGCGCAGAAUAUUCAGAUACAACAGCAGCUACUAGCGCAGAAUCAGGCUUUGCAGCAACUGUUGGUCCAAAGUCCGAACUCAACACAGCAACCGAGCACGGUGUUACCCGCUGGCCCCUCAAGCAUGAAUCUUGUCCCCCCAGCUCCCCCAAUCAGUGCCCAUACGGGGCUGAAUGAUUCUAUCGGACGCUACUCCAAGGUCUCAUUUAGAGAACCCGACGAUCUUGAACUGUGGUCAACGGAAAAACGGGGACCGUCUGCGCAAUCCACGCCAAUUAAUCAACGGCAGGAAACAAUGACGGUGAAGGCUCAAAUUCAUAGGUCUCAGAGCCCGCCUAGAAAGAAUUCUGAAGUCACCCGAAAAACAAGCGCCGAUUAUGCGCGAAAAAUCAGCGUAGAUCGAAAAGUGACCGAUAGAAAGGCACAGGCAGAAGUAAAGAGAACCAACCUGAACAAGAAUAAUAUACAGAGCAAUUUUACCAACGUGCUCAGUGAGCUGAAGAACAGAAAGAGCAGCGUAGACAGCAAUCCUUCAAAUUCCAGCAAUAACAAGGGCGUGCCGCCACCCCCACCGAUGCCUCCACCUUUGGAAUCUCAUGAUCCUUCCGAGUCCAGACCGUUCCUCGAUCCGUACGGAAGAGCGAAGACAGUACGCAUCGGGAAAUGGAGGUGGCCACCGCCCAGCGACUCGAACGAGAAUCAAGGACAAGACAGUUUCAUAGAAUUCAAGAUGCGCCAACAACAGCAACAACGCAAGAUAACGCCGCAUUAUCAGGAAUACGAUCAUGGCGAAGGCGAGCCUACGACGGAAGGCGGCGUCGAAUGGGAAGAAUUCGAGAUCGAAAAUAUUGUCAGCAACGAAUCCGCGCAUCCGACUGCGACGAAACACGAAGGUUACAAGGAAGAAGGAGAAAAGAAAAAGAAAAAGUCGAAAUCACCUCUGGAAGUAGGCGCGCAAAGACCGUCGCCGGGAAGCAUAGGCAAGCUGAAACUCAGCUCAGAAAUGAGGCAGAGAUUGGAAAAAGUGACAGCGAAUCAUAGCGUGAGAUCCACGAAGACAACUGAGAAACCCGCUCUUCCGCGAGAAGACGGAAAAAUCAAAAGAUUAGAGGACAACAGGAAACUCCUGUUAGAACAACAAUUAGGCGGCAGAUGGGACGAUUAUGCUUCCACCGCUGAUGACACCCAAAGCGUCACUUCUAAAGGCACAACUGACAUGAUGACGCAAGCUCACGUAGUGAGGACGCAGAUUGAGAGAAUGGAACGACCUGUACCGCCGCCGCCGCCCAUCACGCCACCGCAACCACCGAGUCCAAGAGGCGGCAGUGUGUACAGCAAUAGUCAGUCCGGCGUACCUCAGCCGCGAUCGCCGCCAGCGCCGAUCGAGCCGAAAACCCGUGACUCCUUCCGCACGUCCCCGGAUUCCGAGACCUUCGAUCAUUUUUCGAAAAAUCAAAUGUUCAGUCAAAGCCGAGACAUCUUUGCCUCGCAGCAGCACUUGCGCGAUAAUCACGACUACCGCAAUGACUUCGACAAGAUUCGCGCGCAGGAUGUCAAGUCUAAGGAUUUCUACGGUAAAGACAGCACCGACUUAGCGAGUUCGGCGCGCGAUCGCAGUUCCGACUUCGACUCGCGGCGAGACCUGAACUCCGAACUGUUCGACUCGAAAUAUGCGUUCGACGGGUCAAACGGUAAGCGCGAUCCGUUCAGCAUGACUCGGGACGUGUCGCCGAAAUCGCGGGACAGUUUCGGGAUGCCAUCGCCGCGAGACUUCGGCGUCAUUCCGAACACGAGGGAGUCCUUCACUGUCGCACGUCAGAGCUUCAACAAGCUGGACGACAGACGUUCGAGCGUAGCUUCGACUCAUCGCACCGACAAAAUGGAGAGGAUUGAAAUAGAGGAAUGGCCGGAGUUUCUCAAGCCGGUGUUACCGCCGGCGGACAAGCCGGAGAUUGAGAAAGUCCAGGAGGUGGUGAACACCAAGCUUUACCCACAAACCUCCAACGCGCACUUUACGUAUAACAGAGUCACGUGGACCUUGAGAAUCAAGAAAGAGAUCUUCGCACCCAACGAGACGCUAAACAGCCCUCUAGCCUUGCAUUUGGUGUUUUGCCAAGUUGCAUACGACGUGCUGGCGACGUCCAGCAUAAGAAUCGCGAAAGAGGAUCGACAGAACAUGCUAAAAAUGCUGGAUAACUACGGCGUCACACUGGAUAAUCUCCAGAGUACGCAGCACAAGAUCACGAUCAAAAAGAAUAUCGUGGACAUGGCAAAGCAGUGGCCGUUAUACUUCGCUAGGAUAUUCCCGGUAUCGAUUGGCCCACAGCAUCCGGAAACACAACACGUGGCGGUGUCGCAUCACGGGCUUCGAUUGAUCAAGCGCAUUCCUAACGGCGAUCUGAUAAUCCUGGAAACUCUGCCGCUGGAGGACAUCGUCUCCGUGAAUUCUGCCAGGGCGGGCGUGUGCGUGCUGCAGAUCGCGUCGGGGGUGAGAUUACCUUUCCAUACGAAUCGCGCCCCCCAAUUGGCGGAGAUGAUCGGCAAGUACAUCAGACUGAUCGAUCAAAAGCCACACCAGAAAGUCAAUCAUCACGAAAAUCACGUGUCGCAAAUCACGAAGACGAUUCAGGCGCAGGCGAACCACUCGAAUCACAUCCAACUGCACAAUCAUUCCAAUCACGUAAUCUCCGAGCACGAGAAUCACGUAUCGAUCGGUCGCGUGCCCAACCACGUGUCGGUUAACCAUCAGACCCAUCAGAAGAACCUGCAAAACCAGCGAUUGAGCCCGGAAUGGCGACAGCCGGAUGACAACGUCCGCGUCCAAGAAGAUAGCAUCUACGAGACCGGACCGGUAGUGAAUGAUGGCAAACAUUCCUUGUUGCAAUAUGCCAUGUUGAACUUCCGUCAAAGCACAGAAAAAUUCGAGAUGUUGAAGACCGCAGAUGGAUCGAUCAGCGGGUCUCUUAAGGUGAUCGAAUCGCUGAAGAGCAAAAAGAAGAACAAAAAGGGCAAAGGCCAGCAGGAUGGCACCGAAUGGACCUGGAAGGAGCAGGUGGAUCUCGUCAAGUACUCCACCAUUCCCAUCGAGCAGAGUCUGCUCAGGUUGGACACAGACUUGAGUGUUUUAGCAGUGGAAUGCUUCCUGUGUCUAAUGAGGUACAUGGGAGACCAGCCAUUGCCGCCUGAAACCAGUGAAGUCAAAUGCGUCUACACCAUUCUUAUGCAUUGUCACAAGCACGAACAGCUCCGCGAUGAGAUUUAUUGCCAGUUAAUGAAGCAAACUACCAAUAACAAGAGCCCAAAUCCGGAGAGCUGUCAGCGGGGCUGGCGGAUCUUCAGCAUCAUCGCCGCCUAUUUCACAUGCAGCGAGGGUUUGAGACCUUACUUGAUGAAGUACCUCGAAACGGCAGCGUACGACAAGCGUCGCGCGUAUCACGGCACCGCGAUGGUCUGUCUGCAAAACCUCAGGAAGACCGUGAAGUACGGCGGACGUAAAAAUGUGCCCAGUGUCGAGGAGAUCAUGGCGAUCAGCGCGGGCAGGAACGCGAAGAGGCAGAUCUACCGAUUACCGGGCGGCACCGAGAGGGUCAUUAACACGAAAUGCACAACCGUCGUGCAAGACGUUAUUGAAGAAAUGUGCAACGUCAUCUCCGUGAGAAAUCCCCACGAGAUGGACGAGUUCUCGUUAUAUUGCAUCGUCGACGGUGACGCGUUCACCAUGCCAUUGGCCAGAGACGAAUAUGUCCUGGACGUGACCACGGAGCUUCAGAAAAACCAUCAAGUGUUCUAUUUAAUAUUUUGCAGAUCCGUUUGGUACUAUCCUCUGCGGUUGGAUGCAGCGUUAUAUAUAGAAGUCGUAUUUAAUCAAAUUGCUCCUGAUUAUCUGGAAGGGCUUUUAUUAGUUCUACCUGGAGAACAUCUACCUCAGGAAAUAAUUUAUGACAUGGCACAAAUAGCGGCUCUGCUGCAUAGAGCAGCCGACAUGGCGCACGAACCGGCAACAAAAGAGAUUAAAUACUUAUUGCCAAAACCAGCGCUUAGCUUGAGGGAUCCUAGACCACAACAAUGGUCCAACAUGGUCCUGCAAGCCUGGAAUAAUGUUCAACACUCCUCCGCGGCCGUUUGCAAGGCGCAAGUGCUUGAAAUAUUGUCCAAGUGGCCGCUUUUGGACAAGUUCUUUGCGGUAAAGCGAGUACCCGAAGGCAAGGAAAAGGGCGCCGAUCACAUUCUUGCUCUCAAUCGACAUGGAGUGCACUUUAUAGAUCUAAUCACACAUGAAACGCUGUAUCAUUAUCCCUAUUCUGAAGUGAUUUCCACCCGGAAGGUCAAAUCUGAAGAGGGCACACUCUAUCUUGAUAUGAAGUGUGGCAAUCUGAUGCAGCAGCGUAUCACCAGGCUACAGACGGAGCAGGCACACGAAAUUUCACGCCUAAUCAGACAGUAUAUUACCAUGGAGCAGCGGGCGUCCAAUACUCAAGGCGCCAGCAUCGGUCUCGGCAUGAGAUAAGCUCAUUCAUCACGCGACACGCUCCCUUUGCGACUGAUAUUCGAUCCAGAUUAGUCAAUCUAUAAAAUCGUAACUAAGUUAAGCUAUCGAUUAUGUAUUAUACAUAAAAAAAUCUUCGAGUUUAACAGGUGAAGACCGCCUAAAUAGCUUAUAUUUCAUAUGGUACCGCUUUUAAUGUGACUUACAUAAGGUACCAACUUUAAUGUUUAAGCUACAUGGGGUACCAAGUGGGAUAGUAGGUCCGUUCCGACGCAGUGGCCCGGGCCUCAACGGAUUGUACUAAUUUGUCGUCAGGAAUAUCCGUAGGACUCACUGAGAAAGAAAAGAUCGUGAGAAAAUGACGGAUGCUCAAAUAUCUAAGCCGUCCAUUCGAAUGCAACGAUGGACUUGUAUAGCGUUUAUUUAUAUUAAAAAAUUUUAUAAAGACAAACAAGCAAAUAAAAAUAGAGAUUACAUCCAUCGUGGCAGUGUAACGCCAAUAUUAACAACGUCGAGAGAAUGACUGUUGAAGAAAAAAAACUAACCAUACAAUGAUCAUAUAUUAUCAGAAAAAUUAUUAAUAAUAAUUGUACGUAUGCAUAUAGAUGUACGAUGUGAACAAAGAUUAUUAACUUUAUAUUGAAA